GGCUGAGCCGAGAGGAGGAGGAGUUUUGCAGAGAAGUUUGUGGUAGAGGAAACCUGCUGUAUUCUUUCAUGUAGCCCCCUCAACAAGUUGAAGAGCUGCUUUGACCGUUAUGGAAAUCCCUGCCAUAAAUCUAAAGGCCAUAGUACUGGUGCACUGGCUGUUAACAACAUGGGGAUGCAUGGCGUGGCUGCCCACCUCCUUUGCUUGGGGGAACUUCAGCGUUUUAGCCGUCGGGGUCUGGGCCAUUGCGCAGAGGGACUCCAUCGAUGCUGUGCUCAUGUUUCUGAUUGGGAUGGUCGUGACGAUAUUGACCGACAUCAUCCAUUUCGGGAUCUAUUACCCGCUGAAUGACCUCUCGGUGGACAGGGGAAGGGACGUCUUUCGCUUCAGCGCGGGAAUGGCCAUCCUCAGCCUGCUGCUCAAGCCCGUGUCCUGCUUCUUCGUCUACCAGAUGUACCGCGAACGUGGAGGCGAUUACAACGUUAACUUUGGUUUCCCCUCUGUGUCACGAAACAGGGACGACUACCAGUCCAUUGACCAGCAGGAAGAGUCUUCCGGCCCAGCGAAUCCCUUCAACCAGGCCCAGGACAGCAAACCAGGAGUCCGCACAUACUGAGAGACCCAGGCGGGGAACAAUGCAGUGUUUACCUCUGAUUUUUUUAUGCAGCAGUUUGUUGUUUGUUAAUUUUUACAAUCGAUUCCACAUCGAUCCCUGUGUUUUGCACAGUUGGCCUGCUGCAGAUUACAGCACUGGAAACAAAUUGAAUACUUUUAUUGUGGUAAAUCAUUAGCUCUGUUAGGGUUUUGCAAUGAAACAUGAAGUAAAUAAACCCAUUUAAUUUGUCCUUCAAAGGGGGUGAUGUUUUUUGCUGUGCUGGCACAUCACUGCUGAAUAAAUACAGAGGAAAUACUACCCUACAGCUCCCACGCUGUGUUGUUAAAACCUGCUAUUUUUAAUAGAGAGGUGCUGAAUGGAGCUGUCUGUCUGCAGCAGAUUUGCCAGUUAACUUUUUUAAGUGAGUCAUCCCCUUCUGCAGUAAUUAUUAGUUUCCAAUUAGUCUUUGCUUUACAGUGCAGGAAUGUUUAAAGCACUGGACUUCUUUUUAACACAGCAGGGCUGAAAUGAAUGGUCAGUGUCACGCCUUAGAAGCCACCUUGUGCCUUUUGUGCCUUUUUUAACUAAUACAAGCUUUGAAGUUCUUAGACCAUUAAGGACAUAAUGACCAAAGUGAAGUUACAGCUGGAGCACAGCACAGCACGCCGACAGACACUGUUCAACCGUCUCGAUCUGUGCAAAAUGAUAAGAAAACUGUCACAUCUUGCACUGCAAUUAUGAAGAAUCCAUCAAAACAUGAAACCUUGAGAAAAGAAAAAUGAGGGUUUUUGUAAGGAUCAGUUCACUGUGCAUAAAAAACAAGAUGUUCUCAUUUCAAACCAGUUUCAAUUCAUCAUUCUUACAGUUAUUGUCAAACAAGUGAAGGGCCGCUGCUCUGCCAUAAACACUCUUUUGUAAUGUAAAACCUGUUUUGCUAAAUUACAGAACAGAAGCUGCGCAGCCUCUGAUAGCUGUCGAGUUUUUUAACCUCUCAAACCUGUGUAGUAUCACGCAUCAUUCACUGACUGCCAAACAAAGGGUGCACUCUCAGUUUUAGUAAAUGAUGACGCGGUUGGAGGGUGAGGAAAGCGAUCAGUGUGGCUGCAGGGUUGAUUUUUCUGACUGAUUGCAUCAUUUGGACCUUUUUUUUAACAAUCAGUUCUCUUUUGAAAGUGAUUCAAGCUCUGAGUUCCUGUUUCGAAAUCAUGAUGGCCGACGUGGCAGAACGGAGAUGUGGCAACUGUGUUGGUCACGUUAGGAUUGUGUGUUCACUGCUGCAGCACCACAGGCUCGAGGCAUGUAGGUCAUAAGAUUUGCUUACAAGCCUCAUGUAAUUCAACCUGAGACACACUAUACUGUCCUCUGGUAUCAAACCAUACAGUUAUUAGUUCCACAUCCAGUGAGCCUGUGAGAAGCUCUAAUUAAAUCACUGCAAUGGCACCCACUUACAGCUGGGGGGUGGGGGUGGCUCGGCCAAAUAGCGUCACCGCUUUGCAUCAGCAGUUUGUUGCACUUUAAAUGAUGUUUUAAUAAAUAGGAAUGUUCUGCAUGGUGCUUGCAGAUGAUUGUGGAUUGAGAAACACCUGUUGAAAGGCAGCGGAAUUGUUUCUGUAAUUAUGUUCAUAAUUAGAAAAAUACUUUUUUGUACCAGGACCACUGUAGGUGUGAAUCAGGUCAUCAAUCAAGCUAAUUGAUUCAUUACAUCCUGUUAAAAGCUAUAAGAUCAUAUUUUACUGUGGGAAAACCCAGCACAUAGAGUUAAAAACAGUUUUGUGAUACCUGUAUUAAAAUAUAUAUUUUCUAGACAUCAUAUCUAACAUGACGAGAAACACUCUUUUUUAUCUCGUGCUGUUUCAUUUGCUUCAAGGAUCCCUCUGGAAAGGUGGGAAUAUCCUCAAAUAAGGCAGCUGUAGUGGCUUCAGCUUAAUGUCUGUGAUGAAGAACGGGUCUGAAAGGCACAAAGCUGCAUUCCUUUAAAAGACUGUUACAACUGCUGAAUUCUAGUUUUCACUAAACUAGGAUCAUUGGAGAAAAGAUGAAACAUGUGGGCUGAAUUUUUUCAUUAAAAUCCUGCAGCUCGGCUUUAAUUUUGCUCCUGAUUUUUCCAAGCGGUCUUUUUAUGACUGGUCAUAAGAGCGUUUGUUGUGGACACGCUUUUUCAUUUCAAGGUUGCGUCUGAUGGGAGAUUUUCUGUGGUUAGCUGUCUUUUUUUUUUCUGGAGAAUAAAGAGCAAUGAUGUCGAACAUUUUGUUGAAUGACAGGUUAUAACACAAAUAAACCGCAUGCACAGAGUAUUUGCAUAGUAUUUGCAUUUGUAUGCCCUGGAAUAUUAAACAUUUUCAGAGCGUAUGUAUUCUUUCUUCUUCUCCGUCACCUUUCCUCUGCUCCUCUCAGAGAUCUCUUUAUUGCCCUGCUUUUAUUUAUCCAACCAGACAACACAUUUAUGUUUCUGCUUUUCCCGUUUUCACCCCCUUUCUCUACUGUGCAUAUUCAUACAACCCAAUUUCCAAAGAUGUUGGGACUGUGUGUGAAACAUGAAUAAACACAAAACGCAAACAAACUGUGUUUACUGACGACAGUUUUGUGAACUGCUCCCGAGCUCAUGCAGUAAUGUAGAAAUCUUCCAAACAGGUAAUUUUGGAGCUUUUAGCAGUCUUUUGUUGCUCCUGUCGCAGAUUGUUUGCAACGUGUUGCUGCAUCAAAUUCAGACUAAAUUCAGAAUAAACAGAUAUUUACAAAAAUCAAUGAAGGUUAAACAUCAAAUAUAUUGUCUUUGUAUUAUUUUUAGUUGAGUACAUGUUAAAAAUGAUUCGCAAAAUAUGACAUUGUGGUUUAUUUAGGCAUCCCAACUGUUUUGAUACUGGAUUUGCACCUUCUGUGUCUUCACUGAGUGCCAAAACUUGUCAAACCUCAGCUCAGCCACACUACCUACAACAGCACUUGGUUUAAAUGUUAAAAAAUAGGAAAAAGCAUCAUGAAAGUGAAAGAUUUCUUUUCUGUCUGCUUGCACUGCAAAUAAAACGAGUGAUUAGAGUAACUGCCGGCUGCACCUGAUCCUUCUGUUUCAAACCCGGUGAAAACAAGUGUUCCUCAGUAAACUACAUAAACACUGGGAAAGUACACACAGAGUAUGAACUUGCUUUCAAGGUUUCUGUGCCUGACGGCUUUCAUUACAGUGAAGCAGCAACUCUGGUCAGCUUGAAUGGUCCAUUGUCCUCAAGUGUGUAGGCUGUGGAGCCCUUGAGGGAAAAGCAUUGUCAUUUGUUUGUACACUUGUACAUUUAUAGUUGCUCUCGUCCUCUUAAGAAAGCAUGAAUGGAAAUUCUACUCCUGCUGAAGCAACAGUAGCAAUCUUGCACACACCCUUAUAAACACACCCUCACGCCCCCCUGUAACACAUCAGAGUGCAGCCUGUAACGCCAUGUUUACUUGCUCAAAAUGAGUAGCAAACACCACGUUUUCAUGCGAGUCCGUCCGCCAUGCUGCAGAGAGACAGACAGAACGAUGUCACCACAAAAAGCAGCCUCGCAUCCAUCUUUUCUGAAAGCAACAAGUGUUUCCGCUGUCUCACGGGAGUGUGAUAAGAAAAGCAGUAAGAAGAAAAGAUUGGAGGAAUAAUUCAUCGUAGAGAAGAUGCAUGUUAAUAUAAUUCUCAGUGGAAACAAGCUUGGGAUGUCAGCUCGGUAAAUGACUUGCAGUUAAAUGUAAUGCUUUAGUUUAUGGGUCCAUAAUUUAAGAAUAAUUUCCUGAUUCUUUCUUGGUAAGUUCCCUAAAAGAACUAUGUGGUGCUAACCAUGGGGAAAUAGAGACAGGGUUAAAAUGGUGCUGUAUAAUUAAUGAAUUCCAAGUGAAACUU